AUGGGUCGUGCCUUGGAUCUGCAGGACUUCAUCGUUCGAUCUCGAGUGCUGAAGCUGUAUAGGCAAGCGCUCCGGGUCGUUCGUAGAGCACCUGAUGGUGCUAAAGAUGAACUGAAGCAAACAGUUAGGCAGGAGAUGGAGAACAACCGGAACUGCAACGACAGGCAGUCUAUUCGAUUUCUAAUGAGCGACGGACUAGAGAGGCUGAAACGUCUGGAUGAGACCCUGGAUAUGCAGGGUCGUUGA